UUAAAUUAUGUUUGUUACCAUAUACAUAUGAUAUGACGUUAAUUAUAUAUUACAAUACGUAGGUAUGUUAUAGGCACUAGGCAGGUUAUAAAUAGUAGUAAGUUAUGAGUUAUGAGUUAUGAGUUAUGAGGUAUGAAUUAUUUUUGCAUAGCAGAGACAGAGAUGUUGUCGUUGAAAGUGAAGCAGUCCACGAUGGUGCGGCCGGCGGAGGAGACGCCGCGGAGGGCGUUGUGGAACUCCAACGUGGAUUUGGUGGUGCCCAAUUUCCACACGCCAAGCGUUUAUUUCUAUAGGCCAAACGGAGCCUCCAAUUUCUUCGACGCCAAUCUUAUGAAGGAGGCUCUCAGCAAGGCACUCGUUCCUUUCUAUCCAAUGGCCGCACGCCUCCGCCGCGACGACGACGGCCGCAUCGAGAUUUACUGCGACGCUCAGGGCGUGCUCUUCCUCGAGGCUCACACCACCGCCGCCAUCGACGACUUCGCCCACUUCGCCCCCACUCUUCAGCUCCGCCAGCUUAUCCCCGCCGUUGAUUAUUCCGCUGGGAUCCAAACGUACCCGCUCUUGCUGCUUCAGGUAACAUAUUUCAAAUGUGGAGGGGUCUCAUUAGGUGUUGGUAUGCAACACCAUGUAGCAGAUGGAGCAUCUGGUCUUCACUUUAUCAAUGCAUGGUCGGAUGUGGCUCGUGGUUUGGACAUUUCCCUCCCUCCAUUCAUCGACAGGACACUACUUGGUGCCAGGGAUCCACCUCGACCUGUUUUUGAACACAUUGAGUACAAGCCCGCACCGGCCAUGAAGACCCCCCUGCAACCUUCAAAACCAGGCUCUGACAGUGUGACUGCCUCUAUUUUCAAAUUGACUCGUGACCAAUUGAACACGCUCAAGGGUAAGUCCAGAGAAGAUGGCAACACAGUCAGCUACAGCUCUUAUGAGAUGUUGUCUGGUCAUGUAUGGAGAAGUGUGUGCAAGGCAAGAGCACUUCCUGAUGACCAAGAAACCAAAUUGUACAUUGCAACUGAUGGAAGGUCAAGGGUGCAACCUCCCCUUCCCCCAGGUUACUUUGGCAAUGUGAUAUUCACUGCCACUCCUACAGCAGUGGCAGGUGAUCUCAUAUCAAAACCAACAUGGUAUGCUGCAAGCAGAAUCCACGAUGCGUUGAUACGAAUGGACAACGAAUAUUUAAGAUCUGCUCUUGACUAUCUAGAGCUACAGCCUGAUCUAAAGGCCCUUGUUCGUGGAGCACAUACUUAUAGGUGUCCAAAUCUUGGUAUCACUAGCUGGGCAAGGCUUCCGAUCCAUGAUGCUGACUUUGGUUGGGGAAGACCCAUUUUCAUGGGACCUGGUGGGAUUGCAUACGAGGGGCUGUCUUUUGUAAUUCCAAGCUCAACAAAUGAUGGCAGCUUGUCUCUGGCAAUCGCUCUGCCACCUCAGCAGAUGAAGCUGUUUCAGGAAUUGUUUUAUGACAUUUGAAGGGUUCAGUUAAAUAUGCCUUAGGAACUUCUUCCCCGUUUUUAAUCAUGUGGCGGCCUUUUGGAAUGCCACAGUGAUUCUAAGCUCAUCUUUUCUUUCCUUGUUUUUAUUUUCAUGAACCAUAUAUCUGUGGUUACACAACACAUAGUAUUAGUCUAUGCCUUGGCAAAUUACGCGUGAUAAUCCUUAAACACUAAUGAACUAUGAAACAAGUGUUUUUUUUUA